AUAGGUCCCAUACCUGGAAAUAAACGAUUUUCCUAAAUGAAGUUAAGCACUUACUCUCGACGAGAUGAUUGUAACACGUUCAAUGAUAUAACAAAUUAUGUGAAAAACGGCACAGUUGUACGGUUAUGAAUUCUGAACGUACCCAUUGGUGGCAUAGCAGCCGUUGGUACACCCGGAAAAUUAUACGCCAUCUUUUCCGAAUUGUUUUACCCUUCGGCAACUACGCCUCGAGUUACAAUUACAAAUGGCAAGAAAAUAAGAGAAAUGAAUUUACUUGUUAAGAAUCCUAGAUCAUAUCAGUAGUGCAAACUUUGCAUCCAAUAUGGCAGAACGACGAACGUAACCUCUUAAAUUUUGAAUAUUGCAGUCGAUUCAUUCCCUCAAUAGCUUCGAUAUCAACUAAUCUUCGAUUAUGAAAGACAACGAAUUUCUUAAAAUUAUUGGCACGAACGUAAUUUUAGUACCUUACAAGGAAAAACAUGUUAAAAGAUAUCACGAAUGGAUGAAAUCACCAGAAUUACAAUAUUUCACCGGUUCGGUCGCAUUAACGUUGGAAGAAGAAUUUUGUAUGCAACAACGAUGGUGUCAAGAUCAAGACAAAUGCACUUUCAUUAUUUUAGAAAAGACCAUUUUUUCCACGACCUCCGACGAAAUAGAAGCUAUGAUCGGUGAUACAAAUUUAUUUUUCAAUGACCCGGAUCAUGUAAAUACCGCUGAAGCUGAAAUUAUGAUAGCAAAUGUUGCUUAUAGAAAUAAAAAAAGAGGUUGGGAAGCAAUGAUUUUAAUGUUACUGUAUGGGAUUGACAAGCUAAACGUAACCAGAUACAGAGCAAAGAUUAAAUUUGACAAUGAGGGAAGUAUAAAGAUGUUUACAAAAUUACAGUUUCGAGAGGUAGAAAAAAGCCAAGUUUUCCAGGAAAGCACCUUUGAGAAAGCUGUAAAUCAGGAAUGGAGAGGAUGGUUAUAUUCUGAAAUUAAGGAAGCAAUUCAUUACGACGCUUACAAUAUAACCAUGGCAGUAGCAAAAGUACUGAGAGAAUUAAAGAUCUGUGCGCAGAAGAGACCGCUACUUGUCAACUCGAUGAUAUACGGAUCUUUUUAUACCGGUGCCGAAUUCGCGCAACAAACUUACAACAAAGUAUUCAAGUUUCCGGUAGCGACCCCGGUGUCGGAAAGAAUCGAAGAAUUUAACACGGCCGAUGCUCGAAUACAAACGCUCCCUUGGUCAAAAACAUUCAAAGAACCAUUGAUUUUAUCGGACGAUGAUAAGAAAAGGCGAUCAAGGGAUCACAAUGACGAUUACAAUUGGGCACAACUUAAACGAUAUGCUAUCUACGGUUGCUUCAUAGCUGGACCGGUACUCCAUGGAUGGUAUAAAUGGUUGGACGCGUUUUACAAAGGCAAGACAAUGAAGAUCGUUCUUUUGAAACUUUUUGCUGAUCAAUUUAUACUUACUCCACCAUUGAUUGUGGUAUUUUUCAUCAGUAUGAGUUUAAUGGAGAAUAAAGCCGACAUUUUCAGCGAAUGUAAGGCCAAAUUUCUACAAACGUUCAAGACUUCUUGCAUGUACUGGUUACCAGUACAAUUCGUCAACUUUUCACUAGUGCCAUCAGCACUACGAGUAUCUUUCGUUAGUAUUGCAGCCUUUUGCUGGGUCAAUAUACUUUGUUAUGUAAAAAGAGUGCCUUUAUCUGAUUGUAAUCAGAAUAACGAGACAUUUUCUUAAUGUCUCGUGUCGGGCUGCCUAGAAUGUUAAAUCUGAUCUUGCGAUUUGAAAAUGCACAAAGUUGAAACGAAUCAUUGAAAAUUAAGUACAACAAUUAACAUAUCAUAUUAUAUAUAUAUUAUCCUUAUAAUUAAUUUAAUUGUAAGUGGCCGAUCUUAAUCAUGCUUCGCCUGAAAUAAAUUAUCAAAUUUCACAAAGAACAAAAUUGUUUGUAGUAAAAUUCAUAAUAUUGUAUUGUAUGAUAAUAUUACUAUAAUGUUCUUGCACUUUACAAUCUCAGGUGAAAUACAUACUGCAUAGCGAAGCAAAUUCUGAAUAACAUUUUGGUUUUUACUAUAAA